AUGGAAAAGAAUUCAGAUGAGAUCUCAUUUAAUAGCGGAAAGAAUGAAAAAAAAGCUUCUGCAAAAUGUCAAACUAGAUUAGCCGCUGAUAAUUCAAAAAACUUAUGGAAUACCAGCAUCAUAAAGCAAAAUUUCUCGCCAACAGCAAAAACUUCAUUAGAAUACAUUCGAGAGCAAGGAAAAUUUGCUUUACUUCUUCUUAGAUGGGAAUGUUAUGGAAAAUAUAAAAUAAAUUCAGUAGUAGCAGAAAAACAAGAAAGAUCAUUCUCAGCUCUCCAAUUGAUGCUAUCAAUAUCAUGA